AUGUCCCUACCAGCUACUUUUGACUUGACUCCAGAAGAUGCCCAACUAUUGUUGGCUGCUAACACCCAUCUAGGUGCUAAGAACGUACAAGUCCACCAAGAAUCAUACGUUUUCAAGACCAGACCAGAUGGUGUCAACGUUAUCAACGUUGGUAAGACCUGGGAAAAAUUGGUUUUAGCCGCAAGAAUCAUUGCUGCUAUUCCAAACCCAGAAGAUAUUGUUGCCAUUUCUUCAAGAACUUUCGGUCAAAGAGCCGUUUUGAAAUACGCUGCUCACACUGGUGCUACUCCAAUUGCUGGUAGAUUCACCCCAGGUUCUUUCACUAACUAUAUCACUCGUUCUUUCAAGGAACCAAGAUUGGUUAUUGUUACUGAUCCAAGAUCUGACGCACAAGCCAUCAAGGAAGCUUCCUACGUUAACAUCCCAGUUAUUGCUUUAACUGACUUAGAUUCUCCAUCCGAAUACGUUGAUGUUGCUAUCCCAUGUAACAACAGAGGUAAACACUCCAUUGGUUUAAUUUGGUACUUAUUGGCUAGAGAAGUUUUGAGACUAAGAGGUGCUUUAGUUGACAGAACUCAACCAUGGUCAAUCAUGCCAGAUUUGUACUUCUACAGAAACCCAGAAGAGGUUGAACAACAAGUUUCUGAAGAAGUCGCUGAAACUGCCGAUGACGAAGAAGAAAUCAAAGAAGAAGCCACUGAAGAAAAAACCGAAGCUACUGAAUGGGCUGAAGAAACUACUGAAGCUGUUGCUUGGUAA